UGACCUCAGCUGUAGUGGAACAGCUCUGGAGUCAGCAGCUCUGAUGUGUCAAACCACUUCCUACACACAACAGCACACACCACCACACUGAGCAUGAAGUUUGAGUUCCUGGAUUAAAGCUACUAAUACCUGAACAAAGAGCAGACUUUAUUCUCUCUUGCAGAGCCAGCCCAGUGAAAUGAUGAUUUGCUGACCAAAGAGCAAAGUCCUUGCUGUGCACACAGGGUUCUGAUGCUCCCCACCAGUCUAACCAGGCAGUAGAAGGCUCCUUGGCUUGGCUGGCAGCAGCCCAUCACGUCUAAGAAACUUCACCAUCCUCAGUGUUGCAGAGAAAAGAUGUGAACAAGUCCCAUGGAGCUCAAGUGCCUUUUGAUGUGGCUCUUGUUUGGAUCCGUCAAGGGAAACAGGCCAGAAGCAUGCCCAGCUCUUCCAACAACCGAAUUUGCUGAUGUUACUGCUGAAAGGUAUCCACUGGGGACCAAACUGUACUAUGAAUGUGACAAGGGCUACACAAGAAGAAGAGGGCAGUACUUGGGAAUUCAGUGUCAGAGUAUAGGGCAGGUUGCUUCUUGGGUCUACAAGGAAUUUGAAUGCAUUGAUGAGAAAGUUUUAUUGUCAACGGCUCCCACAAUGGAGUUAGAUGCUACACAGAAACCAGAAAGAAAACCACAGAAGACCCCUGCACCCCAGAAGCAAGUAAACCUUUCAGCAUCUGACCAGAAAGAUUUCUGUGGUCCUCCCAAGACUGUUCCACAUGCCUCUUUAAGCCUGGGCAAACAUUAUUAUGUGGGACAAGUCUUACAUUUCAAAUGCCAGAGCGGGUACGACAAGCGACCUCCCACCUCUGGCACUCGUGAGUGUAAGAAGGUGAAUGGCAAAAUCAGCUGGACCCCCCUUGACAUGCGAUGCACCAAUGACAGCAAUGAGUGGCUGCCACAGACUGUUGAGCCAGGUCCAUCUCUUUCCCUGUGGUGCCUGGUUCAGAGUGCUCCAGGUUCUACUCAUCCACUCUUUUCCUCGUCUGUGAUACUGCCAGUCACAGCUGUCUUUUUUCUUCUGCCUGUUAUUCCUGCUGUCUUCAUGUGACUCACCAAGCAGAGAAUACAAGUUCAGACUGCAGAGCUCAGAUCCAAACUCAUGAAACUGAUGACUUGACACAGAAGAAACCUGACUGUACCAGAGGCUCCAAGACCUGUAU